AUGGACGCUCAAGGCAAUGAAGAGGAGCUGGAUCGACGCUUUGAAGUACUCGCUACUAGUACAAUCGCGCACGAUAGAAGGGGAGCAGCAUACGUCGGACCACCAGGACAACUUCCAUUCGUCAAAACUAACACCAAACAAGCAAUCACCCCAAGACAAUCAUCUGCUGGCGCAUUUGACAACUUUCCACUUGAGAUACAACAAGAAAUAUGCAAGAACCUCGAUUUCGAAAGCAUAGUAACAUUUAGUAAAACAAGCUACGCCGCUAAGAUCAUUGUCGACUCUGUUUUUAUAUUUACAGAAACCACGUCAAAAGCCCCUUGCUUCUUAAAGGCUAUCGCUGAGCUAAAACUAUUGCAUGUCCACUCGGUAGCAACCAUAGCUCAUGUAUUGAGUCCAUCGUCUUGCGAUUUCUGUCCAAACUACGAGUUUUCUCUCAUACGCAAAACCCAGGCAAUUAAAUUCUUCGGUUCAUCUUCUAUCAAAGGCCUACCAUCUGUAUUCGCGAGGAUGUUUUGUCCCCCAAUUCCUGAAAAUUAUAUGACAGAGGUAGUCGAAUAUUUUAGCGCCCAGAAAGUCGUCGAUAUGUGCAGCAGAAGAAGAUAUAAGACAAGACAAUACCAUACUGCUUCCGGGGAUCGAUUCCAACCUUCCCAACGCCUUCGAUAUUGGGGACCAGAUCAGCGUUCUCAACCCAUUUAUGCAGUAGCCGUCAGAAUCCCAUUGCUAAGAGAUUCCGAAUCGCCCCAUUACAUGGGAGGGUACUAUUGUAGACCAUGUAUUAUGUCUUGGACAAAAUCGAAAAACACCAAUCGGCAUAGGUUUUUACAAAUACGCGUGAUGAGCCCACAUUUUGAAGACGGUUCAGCAAGAAAGAUUGUAGAUGAUACGUUGAAUCUCCCAGUUAGAACGAUAGAUGAGCACGUUAAGCAUGCGAAAACUUGUGCGAAUGCUCGGGCAUUUCUAUGGAAGGGUCGAGGCUACAUUUCAGGAAAGAAAUGA